AUGAGAGGAGCGACAGCGCCACUUCUUUGUCACUGGCAAACCUCAUUAACCAUUGAGCGCGGGUGCGCAAAUAGCGGACUUGCAACAGUAGAACAAUGUCGCGGUGACUCGACAUUUCACACUGAAGCGCUUUUUGGACGUCAGUGCAUUCAGAUUCCAGGGUCAGCACGCAGCAGCAUGGGCAAAAACAAAGGCAGACACAACUAG